UGAAAACAAGCCCCUCUGUGCCACCGCCAAACUGACCAAACUCCAACACUUGCGUGUAUGUUCAUAAAUCACGCCUGCACUCGAACCUGAACCACCCGAACCAGCGAGGCUUCAGACGUCAUCGGUGACGUCGCUCGCCAGUAGAAACGAGCUUCGUUAACGACACUCACGGUCCGAAACCUCGGCGCAGCGCGUCCCGUCAGCAUCGGAUUCUCGUGGCAUUUCUCGUGUCUGCCUUCCUGCCCUCGUCAUUAGCUCCGUGCAGCCUGACGCCGCUAACGGAAGCAUUCACCCGGGCCUGUCCUACGCAGCAGGGUUUUGGCUUAUCCAGGAAAACACCAUCAGCCAUGUCCUCCGUCAGCAGCUCAAACACAGUUUUUGCCUUGGAGCUGUUCCGCACUCUGAGCCAAGCAAACCCUGCUGGGAACAUCUUUGUCUCUCCUCUGAGCAUCAGCUCAGCCCUGGCCAUGGUCUACCUGGGAGCCAAAGGAGACACUGCUGCUCAGAUGGCAAAGGUCCUCUCAUUCAGCUCAGGUGAAGGCGUCCAUGCAGACCUGCAGAAACUGAACGCUGACAUCAACUCACCAUCUGCAUCAUACAUCCUGAAACUAGCCAACCGUCUUUAUGGAGAAAACACUGCCCACUUCCUCCCAACUUUCCUUGAAGCCACACAGAAGUACUACCAGGCAGACCUGAAGGCUGUGGACUUCAUCGGAGUUCCAGAGGCGUGCAGAGCAGAGAUCAACAGCUGGGUGGAGCAGCAGACAGAAAAUAAGAUAAAAGAACUUCUGAAGCCAGGAACAGUCAGCUCAGAGACCAAACUGGCUCUGGUCAAUGCCAUCUACUUCAAGGGAAACUGGAAGAGUCCCUUUGAUAAGGCAGACACCAAAGAGAUGCCCUUCAAAGUCAAACAGAAUGUGACCGUACCAGUCCAGAUGAUGUACCAGAUGGAGACGCUGCCCUACAACCACAUUCGUGACCAUGGUCUGCAGAUCCUGGAGCUGCCGUAUGUGGAUGAGGAGCUCAGUAUGUUCAUUCUGCUGCCUAAUAACUCAAACUCUCUGCUGAAGCUGGAGAAUGAGCUAACACAGGAGAGGCUGGACGAAUGGACCAACAGGAACAACAUGGAUGUUCAUUCAGAAGUUCUCAUUCACCUGCCAAAGUUCAAGCUGGAGGAAGACUAUGAGCUGAAGGAGCCUCUGACUAAACUGGGCAUGAAGGACGUGUUCUGUGGAGGAAGAGCUGACCUGUCUGGCAUGUGCGGUGAAGAGAGACUCUUCCUGUCUACGAUGGUCCACAAGGCCUUUGUGGAGGUGAAUGAGGAGGGCACAGAAGCUGCUGCAGCCACAUAUGAAGAUCUGAUUCUUUAUUCCUUGCCAUCAAGGGUACAGUUCAGAGCAGAUCAUCCCUUCCUCUUCUUCAUCAGGCACAAUCAGACCAAGUCCAUCCUGUUCUUUGGCAGAUUCUCAUCUCCUCAGUAAACAGAAGCAGCAGAAGAAGAUGGUGGACCAGUUCAAAUAAAAUAUCUUUAAAACAAUAUAAAUUAAUCCCUUUGCAGUGAUGUUUUUCUAAAAAAUUUAUUUUGACUGCUGUUAUGCUAAAAUAAUAGCUCAUGUUACUUAAGUAACUAAGAUGGCAACUGGGUGCCAUAUAGUUAAGGAUUUUAUAUAAUUCUCUUUUAUUAACAUAAGUACAGUUUACAGUAUUACCAGUUGGAGUAGUUGCUCAGGAGAAAAGGUCUAACAUUAGCAACAUUAGCUGUUUCAUAACAUAGUCUACUCUUGUUAUCUUUGUUUCUGUGGUUGAGGAGAUCAACACAUAACAUACCGUUUUACCUUUCUAAUAUAGCUUUGUAGGCCUCAGAGCAUCAUUACAUGGAGCAGUUAAAAUGUGUAAAAUAAAUCAAUAAAGCAGU